AUGUCAACAGAUAACACAGAAUUGCUAUCAAAGUUUCUUAAUGAUUAUAACCAAUUGAAGAAAUAGAACUAAGAAUACCAAAUGAAAGAAAACACAACCUUUUAAACAUUAUCUAAUGAAAACUCCCUCUUGACUCAAGAAUUAAAUCGCAUCAAAAAAGAAAAUCAAAGAUUAAUCGACAAUAAUGCAUUCUUAACUGAUCAACUCAAUCAAUUAAAACUCCUUUACUCAGAAACUAAACAAGAACUGCAAGAAUCCUUUAAUUUUAUUCAAAACAUCAACAAAACUAUGAAAACUGGAACAUUUGAAAAUGAAGACAAAGAACUAAACAAAUUGAUGGAGAUCUUUUCAGUCAGCUCUGUAGAUUAAUUAAUAAUAACUGCCGAAAAGAUUAAGACUGUGAUGUUGGGAGUUUCUCAUUUAGAACAGUUUUGCAGAUCAAUUUGUGAAAUCAUUUAUGAUUAACAUGAAGAACAUUACAAUUUGGAUUAAGUGUUCCCUAUUAUACAAAAAUGGAAAUGCGAUUCCAAAUAUGUAGAUUGUUUUUUAUUCUUCAAAAAUCAAUUAGAAUAAACAUUGCAAUUGAAACACUCUACUGAUCAAUAAAUCAUAGAUGCAAUCAAACAACUAUAAAACACUUAGAAUCAUGAUCUACAAACAAUCAAAUCGUUAUUUAAAAUAGAUACCAAUGACAAUUUUAUGUUCAAAAUCAAUCAAAUCUUCUUACUACUUCAAGACAUCCAACAAUUCACCAAAAUUGCCAAAAGACUACUAGAUUUGGAUGAAAAUAUGAAAAACGAAGCAUGUAUGGUCUACAUUUUAAAAUUGUUGGAGAAAAUGAAAUAAAGCCAAUUCAAUGAUCCAGAUCUAAUAAUUAAAAUAAUGAAAAUCAUCAAAGUGGAUCAUCCAUAAUAAAUAAUAUCGAAAUUGGAGUAAUUGACAAAUUGA